AUGGAGAAUGUUAAUACAACAGAUACAUAUGGGUCUUGGCAUUAUUAUGAUUACAGUGACUAUAUAAUAUUUGACACACAUGCUGAGCUGAGAUGGUCUGUCAGAAUUAUGUUUCUCAUUGUUUACACCCUGGCCUUUGUUCUUGGUGUGCUCGGGAAUGGAGUGGUUAUCUGGGUGACCGGGUUCAAGAUGAAGAAAACAGUUCACACAGUUUGGUUCCUCAACCUCGCUGUGGCCGACUUCCUCUUCACAGGAUUUCUGCCCCUGAAUGCGGCGUACCUGGCUUUGGAUUUUCACUGGCCUUUUGGCGAGUUCAUGUGCAAACUGAGCAGCACGUUAAUCUCCCUGAACAUGUUUGCCAGUGUCUACAUUCUGAUGAUGAUCAGUGUGGACAGAUGUGUGUCUGUAUUGUGGCCAGUCUGGGCCCAGAACCACAGAAGUGUGCAGAAGGCAUCUUAUGUGAGUCUGAGUGUGUGGAUACUGGCUCUGAUUCUCAGCUCUCGAAUUUUCAUCUUCAACUGCACUGGGUCAUCAUAUCUCCAUGAUGACAGCAUCACCAGCCGCAAACACUUUGCCCUCUAUAAUUACUAUACAACACCUUCUGUGAAUCAGCUGCAGGCGAUGACCAUCACCUUCCUCCUGGCCAUUUUCAGGAGUUGCCUGAACCCACUGCUGUAUGUGCUUGUCGGCCAAGAUUGUAAGAAAAGGGUCUGUAAAUCCAUCCUGAGUGCAAUGGAGACAGCCUUCCAGGAAGAUGUUUCUGACUCUCACACUGAGUCAGUGGACACCAGGCAGAGCACUGAGAUGUCAGCUCUUAAUACUGACGUAUAAGGCUGUCAGUGACACGAAGAAACAAAUAAACGGUCCAAGUGACUUUCACAAAUAUAACUGAAUGUAAAAUAUUUUCUUUUAGUUUUUCUUCUUCUUUUUUUUUAAUACAUUUUCUCCUUCAUAUUAUCUGAGAUUGAAACAUUUCAACCUGAGACAGUUUGACUGAUGUGAACUGAUGUUUUAAUCUAAAUGGAGGAUUUCAUGAAUGGCUACGUGUCUGUAUUUAAUCCUGUAAAGCAAAUGCUACUCUAGAUCUAUGUGGUCUGGAGUCUUAGACUAAGAAGAUAUUUAAAAUGACAUUUUCAAAGAGAACCCAGCAAUAAUUUUAAAACAGGUGUGACAUUACAUGGUUUAAUAUGUGCAACACAAGCAACAAAAAAUUAAAUGGUUGUCAAAGAGAACUUUUAAUCUGUCACGUACACAACAAAUUUCGAUAUUUUUUUUUCCUUCUUGUAUGUGACUGCUGAGAAAAGAGAAUCUACAGUGUGAAAUAUUAUUUCUGAACCACUGCACAAACAGGCUGGUAGUAUGUUCGUUUUGUACCGCAUCGUCCCCACCUCAGCCCAACUUCCUCUAUCAAGAUGUGAGAAAGCUUGGGUACAUGACAGUCCGCACAGAAACCGUGAUCGAGCUGCUUGGUUGUGCAGCUGUAAUUUUAACACAGUAAAUCCCCCUGAGGUGUUUAUUUCUCAUGGUGAACUGAGUACCUGGAUGCCACUGAUUCACAUUGAUCUACGCAACAUGUG